AUGGCAGCUACGUGUCAAAUCUGUGUCGUACUAGGCUUGUUUUUACUGCCUGCCUUUAUCUAUGGAGAUACCUGCUUGGCACCUGUCGUGAAAUCUCAGACCUAUUCUACCCCAGAAGCAGUGGUUUCUACAGACACAGUGCUUAUAGCAGAGUUCACAUUAACCUGCAAAAAUAAUCUGAAGAACAUCAACUUGUAUGCAGAUAUUGGAGGUCGUACAAUCCCAGCGACUAAAACAUAUGAAGCCAAUAAAUACCAGAUCAGCAUAUCUGACGAGCACAAAAAACUACCUCCAGGAACAUAUGAGAUCAGGAUAUUUGAUGAGGAAGGAUUUGCAGCUUUGAGAAAGGCACAGCGUAGUGGAGAGUCGACAGACAGCCUGAAACCAUUGUUUACUAUUAGCCUAAGUCAUCAGGGAAUCUGGUCAGGUCCAGUACUACAGAGUGAAUUUGUUGCUGCAAUGACAGCAAUCAUCGUCUGGUGGUUGGCUUACACUGCCAGAGGCAAGCUUCUUGCUUAA